AUGUUGUGGAAUAUGAUAUUUAUGAACAGGUAACACUGUACCCUACGUUUUAGGAAAUGUAGGUUUUUGGCACAUUAGUUAGUUUUCAGCAGAUAUUUUCCAAAUAAUCGGUUGAUUUAACUGAUGGGUCCAUAAGUUGACACAAACACAUUUCCAUUUCAAUGUAACUCUCCAACUAACUUGUGUUAAAUAAAGGUUAUAUUACCAAGUUUGGGGACUCCGACCGAUCACACGUCUGUCAAUUGAUUUAUUUUGCAAAUUACUUGCGAAAGUAAUUCAGGAUGGGAGUACCGAAGUUCUUUAGGUAUACCAGUGAAAGGUACCCAUGCCUCAAUGAACUAGUAAAGCAGUAUCAGAUACCUGAUUUUGACAAUAUGUACUUGGACAUGAACGGUAUCAUUCACAACUGUUCCCAUCCAGACGACUCUGAUCCCCACUUCCGUAUCACAGAGGAAAAGAUAUUCAAAGAUAUCUUCCACUAUAUCAGCAUCCUCUUCCAAAUUAUUAAGCCGAAGAAGCUAUUCUUCAUGGCUAUUGAUGGAGUGGCUCCCAGAGCUAAGAUGAACCAGCAAAGAGGCAGGAGAUUCAGAUCUGCUAGAGAGGCUGAAAAAUUAGAAGAAGAAGCAAAAGCUAAAGGUGAAGUGUUGCCUGCUGAAAAACGUUUUGAUAGCAACUGCAUUACACCUGGAACUGUUUUCAUGGCUCGGCUACAUGAACAACUGAGAUAUUUUGUAAAGGAAAAGAUGUCCACAGAUCCACUAUGGUCGAAAGUAAAGGUCAUCCUUUCAGGUCAUGAGACACCAGGCGAGGGUGAGCACAAGAUAAUGGAUUACAUUCGCUGGGCUCGCUCGCAGCCCGACUACGAUCCUAACAUUAGGCAUUGCUUGUACGGACUGGAUGCAGAUCUCAUCAUGUUGGGCAUGUGUACGCACGAGCCACACUUCGCAUUGUUAAGAGAAGAGGUGAAAUUCGGUAAAACCACACAGCGAGCCACCAGUCCAGAGGAGACCAAUUUUUACCUCUUACAUCUAUCACUUCUUAGGGAAUACUUAGAGCAAGAGUUCAUAGCUAUAAAGGACAAAUUGCCCUUUGAAUAUGACCUUGAGAAACUUGUUGAUGAUUGGGUGCUAAUGGGCUUUUUAGUGGGUAACGAUUUUAUACCCCACUUGCCACAUAUGCAUAUAGGAAAUGAUGCUUUACCUAUAUUAUAUAAUACUUAUAUGAAAGUAUUACCUACUUUAGAUGGUUAUAUAAAUGAAGCAGGAGACUUAAAUCUAGAGAGAUUUGAUAUAUUUAUGCAGGAAUUAGCCAAAUUAGAUAAGGAGAAAUUUCAAGAUGUGUAUGCCGAUUUAAAAUAUUUUGAGGCUAAGACGGGUAGACGACCAAAUGCGCAAGAAAGGAAAGAGUACAAACCCAACAACGAUGAGACAUUUAAUGUCAAUGUUGAUGAUAUAAAGAAUAAUAAACCGGAUGACGAGUUACAAGCGCUCAUCAACGCCACGCAAGAAAUGUUCAUGGAUGAUAUGGAUAACGAAGGGGAAGAAUAUGAAGAAACUAGCGACGAGGAGGCUAAUAUGGAAUUGGAAUUUUUAUUACAUAAAAAAGACUAUUAUAUGAAUAAGUUAGAUUAUUCAAAAGUCACCGAUGAGGUGUUAGCGGACCAAGCGGAAGGGUACGUAAGGGCAAUCCAAUGGAAUUUGUUUUAUUAUUACAAGGGUUGCCCUUCGUGGUGUUGGUAUUAUCCUCACCAUUAUGCGCCUUAUAUAUCAGAUAUAAAGGGAUUCAAAGACUUGAAGAUAGAAUUCGAGUUGGGUGAACCUUUCAAGCCUUUUGAACAGCUGCUAGCGGUGUUGCCAGCCGCCAGUAAGCAUUUGCUUCCAGCGCCGUUCCACGAUCUGAUGACUGACGAAGACUCCCCAAUAGUACAUUACUACCCGAUUAACUUCGAGACCGACCUCAAUGGGAAGAGGAAUUCUUGGGAAGCUGUCGUACUUAUACCAUUUAUUGAUGAGACAAAUCUUCUUUCGGCAAUGACACCGUGCUACGAAAGGUUGACAGACGAGGAACUAAAGAGAAACACCCAUGGUCCCAUGUUAGUAUACAACUGGAGUCCCGCUAAUCAAGGAACUGUAAAUGCUCCCCAAUACUUCCCUCCCAUAACUAAUUGCUACGCGAUAGAGAAUAAGGUGUGGCGUAAUGAACUGGACGUGCCAGAAGCUAAACUAAAGAGGGGGAUGUUGCCAAACGCCAAAAGGGACAUGCUAUUCCCCGGGUUUCCCACCAUGAAGCAUCUUAAAUACGAGGCUUGUUUAAAGAAAAACAAAGUGAAAGUAUUCGAUCAACCGUCUCGUAAUGAGAAUAUGAUAGUGAAAAUAAUAAAGGAACUCAAUUUUGAUGAAACUUUGGAAAGAGUUGCUAAGGAUUUCCUCGGGAAAACCAUAUGGGUUGGAUGGCCCCAUCUCACUCGAGCCAAAGUGAUAUCGGUGUCGAAUGAGAAGAAGCGAUUGCAUUACGUGGACCAGCAGAACAACAAUGUGGACGGCUGCCCCAGCUACACAACGGAGACGAACGCUGGAAAUCUUCAUAAACAGUGGAUAUCUGAAAGGGCAACUAUUUUAGAACACAAUAUGAACCGGCUUGGUAUUGACUUGGACGACGUAAACGUAAUCAUUCACGCCAUUAAUUUAAAAGGUUACAAAUACGUUAUACAAGACAACACGCGAAUGGUGAGCGAACCGGAAUGGUGCACUAUUCCUUGCGGUUACGCUCUUCACGCCGUCGUAAAGGAUGUAUCUGCGCACAUCAUUCAAGAAGCAACGAAAUUUUCAACGCCUCAAGAAGCUUAUCCGAUUGGGGACAAAGUGUUUUUACUAACGCAAGGACAAUACUAUGGCUGUCUAGCUUCGGUGGUGGAAUCGGAGACGGUCCGCAGCGGGCGCAUCAAAGUGGCGGUGUGUGAAAGGCCCGAGCCCGCGCCCGCAGUACACGCCGCUGCCUGCCCCUACCGCAGCGCCAACCACGCCGCCGCCCUCUGCGGCGUAUCGGCGCAAAUGUUAUCCCGCAUCACUGGCUCGGUACUCGUGGUGACAGGUCAACGAAACGACCUGCCAACAGAGACCAUGAGCAAAACCAACGUGGGACUCAACCUCAAGUUUAAUAAAAAGAAUCAAGAAGUGUCAGGGUACACGCGUCGCUGCAAGAUGACCAACUCGUGGCUAUAUUCGGAGCGGUGUAUCGAACUAGUGAAGUCUUAUUCGAGUCAGUUUCCGGAGCUCUUCGAUACUCUAGCGCAGAAUCUCAACAAUGAUGUUUUCUUCGAAAGCGAUCUUUGGCCGAAUGAAGUUGGACAAAAGAAAGCUACCGAAGUGUCAGGUUGGUUGAAGAAUCAACCACAUUCUAACGCCGCACGUCGCGAAUGUGGCUCUGAUGCCCUCGAACCAGAAGAGAUGAAAGCUCUCUGGUCGACGUUAGAAACUCAACUGCAGACCUUGAAAGAUAAGGAAAAGAAAGUAACGCUGCAUGUUAAAUGGAACCUUCUCUACAAGCCAGAAUUACACGAAGGAAACAUCUCCCCCGAUCCGCGGGCAGACUUCAAGAUGUACGACCGCAUCGUAUGCGUGUCUCGCUCUAUCACGGUGCCUUUGGCAGCCACUGGCACCGUGACCGCAGUUUAUUUACCGCCACCGCCUAAUACUGUUCGUCUGUCCGACCGCCUCAACGUCGAGCCCUCCUACCAGGUUAUGUUUGACGAGCCGUUCCCUGGAGCUAUGACGGAAGAUUUGUUCGAUGAGCCAAGAUUCUACAGAAUGUUGCCUACUAAUAUGUUGAACAUAUCGUACGGCCGCAAACUGCGCAACUCCAUAAGCUGCGCCCCGGAGACUUUCACAAGGGCUCCUACUCUGCUACGCCGUGAUGGAAACCACUCGGCAUUCGCUAGCUAUAGCCCGCCAACAACAACGACAGAAAUGAAGCCUAUUCAGUUUGUCAAAGAAAACGCUACCGCUUCUACUAAAAACGGUCCGCAGCAGGAGAAUGCCACCCAUCUACUUAGAAGUUUACUAAAGAUUAGUGAAGACGAAGAACAGGCCAAAAAGAACAAUGUUAAGGGUGCUAAUGAUCAAAAUUGGCGGAAGAAAGAGAACAGUUCGCAGCCACCACUACUACCAACGCCAAAAGGGCCACAGCAAAAUAAUUGGCGCAAAGAAAUGACCCACAAACCACAGCAAGCGCAAGUGGCCAACGAAUGGACCAAUGCUAACUUUAAGAAUCAGCCCCCCGUCCCCCCGUUCCCCAAUUUCGGUCAACCUUUCCAAGGGCCCGUGCCCAACCAGAUCCCGUUUCCCCAAUUCCAGAACCCGCACUUCCAACGCAACCAGAACCACCACGGCAACCAGGAGGUGAACACUCGCAACCAGAACCACAACCAGUACAGCAACAAUCAGUUCAGUAACCGCACGCACCAUAACCAGGGCUUCCCGAAGCAUUUGCCUUCGGUCAGCGGGUCUAAUGUUACUCUAGGCCCGAGCUGGGGACAAGGACAGCAGCAACAGGCUGCAGCUAGCAAGCCGAAUUCGAAUCAAACCAGUUCUGCAGAGAAGUUGUCAAAUCCCUUCGUGCCACUACAAGUGCAGACAAGUCAAAGACGUAUUCAAAAUACAAGUGGACCCUCAACGAAGAAGGAGGAGAUGCCGGCCCCUAAACCUUCUCAGCCCCGACCUCAACCUACCAAUCAAAAUGUGCAACCUCUAAGGCAGGAUUCCUCGUCACGACCACAAAAGAAGAAAAAACCGAGAAUAGCGGCAAAUCUACCAUUUCAAAUAGACUAAUUGUUCGCGUUAACAUGAGUUUAAAAAAUACAAAACUAGCGUUGAAAAUAAAAAGGAAAAAUAUGAAAAGUAGCAGGUGACAAAAACAGAGUGUUAUGUUUAGGUGAUAAGAUUGUAAAUAAAUGUCUUACAGAAAAAAAUAGAAAAAUAUCCCUUCAAAAUUUCUCAUAAUAAAACUCAAAUUGAGUUGUAUAUUAUGUAAAUACGAUGAAGAGAACUUAUAUUUAAGUAGUUGACGAAAAUGUUGUUCUAGAUAUUGGAAACAUUGAUGGUAGUUUACAGAAACAUUUAUUUGAGACGGACACAUCAAAUUCAUUUGUCUGGAAGUAUUUUUGUUAUCAAUUUGGUUAUUUUUUUAUUUGGUAUCGUGUGGAGUUUUACAAUGAACACAACCUAAAUGAGUCCUAAGAUCUAUUUAAACAAUUAUUUUAAAUACGUACUAUUUAAAUCACAUGUGAUAAAUAUUUUAAGUACAUUAGAAACAUUGUCAUAGUUUCAUGUUAUGUACAGUUUGGCUGAUGAAUCUUGACCUGUCUGAAGUUAGCUAUUUGACUGAACUUCAGCCAAACAAUUUAUUCCUAAAUAAAAAUAAAUGCACAACAAAAAGUCUAACUAGAGAUUUGUCAAGAUUCGUGGGCUGUAAUAAACAGAGAUUUUAUUAUUCAUGUAGUACAAACGACAUAAAUAAUAUUUUUUAACUUAUUUAGUUGACAGCUAAAUAAUAUUUUUUUAAUAAUAACUUCAUAUUGAUAUGUUGAUACUGCAAACAUAAUAGUUGUAUCGCUAACUGUAUGGACUGUAUGAAUCUUGUUACAUAAUUGUUAUUUCUUAACGUCUCCAAUCAACAUUGAUUAAAAAUGAAUGACUGUAUUUUUUUCUGAAAUCAAAUCAAUUUUGUUAAAUUAAAUAUUCUUCCGACG